AUGCCGUUAAUGUUUGAGGGCGGUACAGAUCCAAUGGUAGCAGACGACUACAUGGAUCAAGUUGAGACUCAAUUAACCUCAAUGGAUGCGACAAAGGAUCACUUAAAGAUCAUCUUAGCUACUUACAAGUUUGCUAAGGAUGCCAAACUUUGGUGGAAGACGGCUAUGAAUCGGCAUAAGGUGGAAGAAAUGAGUUGGGAAAAGUUUAAGGAAUUAUUUUACGAGAAGUAUUUUCUGAUUUCUAAAAGAUGGGAAUUGAAAGACCAGUUUCUUGGCCUUAUCCAAGGCAAUAUGUCAGUGGCAGAAAUGAGGUCGUUGAUAAUGGCACAGUUUAUCAAGGUUUAUUCUGAAGUAGUAGAGAGGGCUUUGAUGCUUGAGGCUAACAUCAAAGAUAAGGAUGCAAGAAGGAACAGUGGAAGCAAAAGAGAGGGAGCAAGCACCGGUAGUGGUAGAAGGUCACGACAGAGGCCGUCACAGUCGACUACAGUUCAGUCAGGUUUUAGACCACCGCCACCACCACAGCCUGCUAUGUCUUCUCAGGAUUCACGAUCCAUUAGGAGGGAUGCUCCUACUGUGCCAGUGCAGCAGUCCGGUCUUUAG